CAUUCCGAGUGUUUGGAGACUUGUAUAAGGACGUUUCUUAACGCCAUAAAAAUUGUUAAAAAGUACAAUAACUUAAUUCAAUGUACACAUCAGUUCAUAGUGUCUUGUCUAGAUAUUAAUUUUUUAACAUCAAAGCUAAUGCUUAGUGUAGGUAUAACGUUAGAGUUGUAAGUAUUCAAUAUCCUGUUUAGUCAAAACAAGGCCGAAUACGAAUACCGCCUGCGUGUCGUCAGUAAAGUUUCAGAUUUUCCAUCAGUCUCACCGCGGGAGAUCAUAGAAAAUCUCUGUAAUGAUAAACAAUGGCUGUAUUUGCUCCCACGCUCGUUCACUAGAAAACUCAUCACUUAACGAAGAAAUGUGACAUAACGCCAUCUAGCGGUAACAGUGCGUACUACGCAAAACGAAACCAAAAUGAAACUGAAUUUGUUCAAGCGGUCCAUGAUUUUUGCGACUUUCUUUGGGUCCUGUCUAUGUAUAGCGUUAUUGGUCGCGUCUUUAGGAACCCAGCAUUGGGUAGAUGCAAGAGCGAGGCGGUUGCAAAACACUGAAUCCGAGGGCAGGAUUAACUUUGGACUGUUUGAGGGGCACAAAGAAUUGAAUUUCGGAUAUGGGUGGAGGCCACACGAUUUAAGUAUAGGCGCCGGAACUCAUCCUGCUCGCCGAUGGGCGUGGUGUGGUACAGCCGCCCAAUUAGCAGUAGCCCUAGCAGCUAGCGCGGGAGCAGCUGUCUUAGCCGCAUUGGCAUCAGCAGCCAGGCACUCCGCGCAACCACGCCCACUUUUGCUCACCAAUUGUGCCACAGUACUAUUCUGUCUCGGCGCAAUGUCAGUGUGGCUCACUGAGUUCUUCCUCCGUCUGCAGCAUAACGUUAUGUCUGAGGAAGACCUCGCAAAUACAUGGUCAUCCGACUUAACGGCAGAUCUGGGAUUGUCCUUCUGGUUAGUGGUUGCAGCUUGCAUAUCAGCAUUUAUCAACAAUGUAUGCAUUUUAAUUGCAAUGUCAGAUGCGCCUGAUUCGGACGUCGCUGCUCCCGCGUUAGAGGAAAAAUUGAAUGGAGCUAUAAUGCUUUACUAAGAAUAAUCUCUAAAGAAUCUCUUGUGAACUUUGUUUAACCUACCCUACAGAACCUAAAGGAGGUUGGUUUACAUUUCGACGCGUAUGUGUUUUUAAAUCUUAAUAGUGCAAAAAGUUUUGAUAAUACCGUACUUAAAAAAGGUUAAUAAACCAUCCAUUCCAUGAAAGGUGAACAAUAAGGAUUGUAGUUUAGUUCUUAGAUGUUUACAAAUAUGAGUUAUGCCGUCUAUUGUGUAUUGCCAUUUUGGCGUAUGAGGCUGAAUAUGUAAUAAUAAUCCGUCCAGACAUUGUUGUAUUGUCGAUUGUUAUUUCUAAAUUAAGUAAUAA